AUGGACGGUGAGCAGGACGAUGAGAACCUCGCCAUUGAACUAUUCAGUCGUCAUAGUGAUCGACUAUCACCCGAUAUUCACAGAUUAUGCGUAUCGCCUAACGGUGAGACCAACUCAACAUAUACGGACUCGAAAAAUGACCCAACCUGCUGUGUACACUAUCCAUCCCUUCCCGAUGCCUGCCUCCCAGAAGGAGUUCGGACUGUUCGGCGGGACAAGCUUGAGGAACUCGAGAGGCUUGGUCCCGACGCGGACCUUGUUGCGUAUCCCCCUUGCCCAGAGGGAUCUGCUAAAAAGGCUGUCUUUAAAUACUACUUCUUGUGGCAAUAUGCGCAAAUGUCCUGGAAGGAGAUGAACUUAUGGAUGCGUCUCCCACACCACCCAAAUAUCGUUCCAUUUGACCGGGUUGUCGUCGACGAGCUCGAGGGUCGCGUGGUCGGGUUCACUAGCAACUACGUCCCUGGCCGCAAUCUAGAGCAGAACAAAUCACGCGUUUUCAAGCUCAAGUGGCUACAACAACUCAUAAAGGUUGUAGAUGACUUGAAUCUUGAGUAUGGCAUUGCACACCAGGAUAUCGCCCCACGAAACCUCCUGAUUGACGAGCCGAAAGACUCUAUCAUGCUCUUUGAUUUCAACUUUGCAGCCCGCAUCAACUGCCCCUCACCUGGGGAGGGUGAGAGCUACGUCGAGGACCGAAACGAUGUCAAAGGUGUUAUAUUCACCACCUAUGAGAUUAUUACUCAGGAUGAUAGUCUCAGGAGUAUACCCCACGAAGAUCAGAGCCUCGGUAACCUCGGGUUAAAAUGGGUAAAGCAUCCGGAGGUAAAACUAGACCAUCCAGUCGAAUUAUAUCAACUUAUGUUGAAAGAAUGGCGGGAAUGCCGGGAAGGAUACUCUCAUUUAGGCAACGUCCCAAGGCCCAUUGAAUGGCCGGAAAUGCCUAAGCCGCCGCAGAAGACCAUUUCUUUAAAAACUGUGCAAGGGCAGACAACCCUCGUCACAGUGGACAACUGGUAUGAGAAGCGGCAGGAUAUCCGGGAUAGAGGCGGUAAGGUACUAAAUUGGGAACGACCACCACAGAGGCUAAUAGACAGCGGGAUUCGUGUGCUCUCGACCGGCGAGAUAAUCAACUGCCAGAAAGCGAGUAUCUCUGGAAGCCGCGUGUAG